AUGCAGAUGUGGCCUCCAACUAUACUGGCCCUGGCCUGCCUCGCAGCAGCCACUCCCCAGGCCGCCCCGAAACCACCAAGUCCAUCGUUAGACGUCAAGAUUGAACGCAACAACAACACCAUUCUCACAGUCACCAUACGCAACACAGGACCGCAGGACGUCCGAGUCCUUCGGCCGGGGUCAUUGCUCGACAGCCGCCCACUUCGCAAGGUCCGGGUUUCCUACGGCGGAAAGGAGCUUCUAUUCACCGGCAUGUCCGUGUACAUUUCAAUGUCGGACCUCGACGACUCGGCAUUCGAGACGCUUCCCGCCGGCAGCAUCUACAAGUCAUCUCUCGACAUCGCCGAGUCACACGACAUGUCCCAGAGCGGCACCUACGGCGUCAAGGCGGCCGGAACCCUCUGGGCAACGGUGACGGACAUGGAAGGCCUACAGACCGUCCCGUUUGAGUCCAACGCACUCACCCUCGACAUAGUCGCGCCGCCAGCGCGGCUCCCCCCGUCCCUGACAAAACGCGGCGUCAACGACUACCAGGGCCUCCCGUCCAAGCACCUGACCCUCCACCAGGACGCCCACUCGGCCUGCACGCAGAGGGACCUGCGGGCCAUCAUGGCCGCCGUGCACAACUGCCGCAACUUCGUGCGGCGCGCCAAAUCCGCCGCGCGCUGCGGCGGGCAGUCCCGCAUGUGGUACUACUUCAAGUCGUCCAACUUCAAGACCAGGCACUACGUCAAGAGCGCGCUCGACGAGAUGGGCAGGAUAUGCUCGCAGACGUGCGGCGAGUUCCCCAAGGUCAUGUGCGAGCACAGAACGGACCAGGAGAACUGCGACCCGGGCACCCUCGCGCUCAUCACCAGGGGCGAGACGGUCAUCCGCUUCUGCCCACUCUUCUUCAGGAAGCCGGAUCGCUCGAGCGUCAGGUGGGCGGACGACCAGGUGAGCAUCCUGCUGCAUGAGCUCGCCCACCUCUGUGGGUUUGAACACGACUACGCGUAUGGAAAGAGCGUGGUGCAUCUGGCGCAAAAUGAGUCGGUGCAAAACCCGGACUCGUACGUCGGCUUCGCUCGAGACGCGACUUACUUGCCUGAGGGCGACCCGGCGUGUCCCGACUAUCCGACGAGAGUGGCGUAG